AUCACAUUUUUCAGUGUAAUACCACCAUUUUAGUACCUAUUGCGUUGCUUGCUACCUAUUUGUAAAUCUGAUGUUAGGUUCGUUUAAAUAUUGAUUUUUGAAGGCCCGCGGAGUGAGUCAGGCCGAAUGUUUAUAACAUUACUUGGGGCCUGCUAUAUACUAUUUUGGGAACGGCCAAAUGUUCCAAUGCUCAUGUUUGAGCCAUCAUUAGGUUCCCGUCCGCUGUAAAAGCUAAAACUCUUGUGAUUCCUUUAUCUCGCAUAACCAGGUAUAUAAGUAAGAAGCAAGUGGCAGUAUUCAAACAAUUUUUCUAGUCUAAAAAGUUUCUACGAAAAAAAGUGAAAAGUAUUAAAAUUGUACUUAAUUAUAUUUAUAUAUUUUACAAAAAUCUGUGAUACACAAUUUUGGACCGUGCAAUGUUUACAAGUGCUUGCCAAAGAGAAUGGUGUUAGUUUUUAGUUUAUGAUUGUCCGUGGAGUUUCGUAGAUGGAACAGAAGAUGGCGCUGCCGCCGCAACAGUUCUGCGUCAGGUGGAACUCCUACCACACCAACUUACAGGCGGUAUUCCCCCGACUGCUGCUCACCGAGCAAUUCGCCGACGUCACCCUCGCGUGCGAGUCCCGACAGCUGCGAUGCCACAAGCUAGUUCUCUCCGCCUGCUCCGCUUACCUAGAGAGGCUCCUACUGAACAACCCCUGCAAGCACCCCAUAGUGCUCAUGAGGGAUAUGAGGUUCAGCGAAAUGCAAGCGUUGGUGGACUUCAUGUAUAAGGGAGAGGUGAAUGUGACCCAAGAAGAGCUGCCGAGUCUUCUGAAGAGUGCAGAGGCGCUACAGAUCCGGGGCUUAUGUUCGAGCGAUAGCAGUGGAUUAGCGUCCGAGCUGAACAAGCCAGAAAGAGACAGCAAAGACUACACUGUCGCUACUGAGGCCCUAGUCGCGCACGCGCAACGCGAAGCUACAACCAACGGUCCCCCCGCCCCUCCACAACCACAAACCCCCACCAACGGCCCGGUACUCACCAAGAAACGCAAGCAAGAUGAGACAGAAGUCAAAGAGGAAACGGUCGAAGAGGACGGUCUUUACUACGGCGAGUUGGAUCACGAGAACAUGGAGUAUAAUGAGGACGAGGAAUCAGGCAAACCCGGCAGCAGUCUAGGACAACCAUCAGGUCGCCAAAACUACCUCCGCGUAAAACCUGAGAGCGAGCUAUUCUUCCAAACAAAGCUCCAAAAUCUAGCCAAAGCCAAUUCCGAAUACAUCAACAGACUCUCCAAAAUGAACGCCACAGAAAUACGCCAGGAAUUUACUAAAUACGGCUUCCAAGAGGAGCCUAAAGACAAAACUGAAAACGAUUACUACAAGUCCUGGUUGGAACAGAACGGGGAAUUAGAAGUGUCUCUCCUCAAAUGCGGUCAGAAAAAGCCGAAGCCUGAUUACAAAAAUCAAAAAUCUGAAGUAGAAUUGAUUCCCAAGCCGAAGGAAGCUAAAGAUUUCCCUAAAAUUCUUGAAAAACAGAUCCGCAGAAGAGGGCGGCCUCCGAUUUUUAAAGAUAGGAACGUCGAUAUAGGGGAGACCGUAUUGAAGUCUGAUUUGGAUCAAUUUUUGGAAGGGAAAGAAGUAAGUUCGUCUGGGUUGUCGCGAAAGGAUUUGGAAAGGGUGAUGAUGGGCAAGUUUAAUCCGAAUCGGCGGUAUUCGAAUGAGGCCAUGUGGGCUGCGCUUAUGGAUGUCAAGAAAGGAGGGAGUAUUUAUAGAGCCGCCCAAACCCACAAAGUCCCCCGCAAAUCCCUCCGCAACUGGAUGAAGCGAUGCCACAUCAAAUCCUCCUUCCCCAUGCCACAGCAACUCAAGCAGUUCGUAGAAAAUAGCAAGAAGCAGAAAGAAGAGAAAUUCGAGUUCCCACUAGAAAAAUUCGAGGCAAAAAGUGGGGAAGAUUAUGAGGAGACAGAUUUUGGAAAGCAUUUUUUGAGCUUUCCAGGAGUCUCUAGUGAUGAUGAUAGGGAGAAGAAAGAUGAUUCUGCUAUUGAUAUGACGGUGCAUGAGUAGGAUAGCUAUAGUCAGUCAAAAUAUUGCUAGAUUGGAUUAACUUUACAACGGUGAAUACGGAGAUAUUAUUUCUGCGCUACUCGUAAGUCGAAGAAACCUGCUAAAAUACUAAAUAGGUUUUUUUAUUCAUGGCAGUUUUUGCACUAAUGAAUUAAAAAUAUCCUGUUUAUUCACUUGUUUGAUGCGUCACUAGCAAUUUUUGCAUUGUUAAAAGUCAUGGGCAAAGUUACCAUUUACAUAAAUUAUAGGUAACUUUGCCCACUAACAUUUUUACUUAAUAGACGCUAAGUUGUGCUGAUGAUGCUAUCUAACGCUGUGGGGUUAUAUGCAAGAGCAUAUAUUUUUGAAAGUUUGCACUAGUAAUUAUUGCCCAUAAGCGGUCACAAAUUGGGCAUGGUUGGAUAAGGUCUGAAAAAUCAGACAAUUUCUAUAAAAACUGCAUGGCAAUUUUAGAAGAAUUGGAUUAAUAUAUAAACUGAGGUAUACGACCUUUUAAAAAAAUACUGCCAAAGAAUAAGCAAAGAUUUCAUUAUAUUAUUUUAAAUAAAUAAAAAUUAUAUUCUAAUUCCUAAUUCCAAAGAAAAAAUACCCCGCAAUAAAAACCCAAAGAGUUACUUUUACCCAAUUCUGCCAGUGAAGUUUCCUUUAAAGGGUAACUUUUGGAAAGAAUCUGAGGCAUAUUUUAUUUAUUUUAAUUUUAAUAUAACAUUAAGCGCGCAAUUUUAUCAAAUUAAAACUGUUUUUAUUUGUUAAAAUUGUGAUUAGAAAUAAUUAAUUAUAAAUUUAUAUUUAAAUUUAAUGAAAUUGGCCUUUGAGAAAAACUUAAAAGAGUGCUUGUUCGGACAACGUCCACUAACAAUGAAAAGACUUAAAAUGAAAUUAGAAUAGAGUUAAGGGACAGCCCUGGGACUGGUUUUAGGGUUGUCAAAAAUAUCUGAACACUUAGGAAGAAAAGCCUUUUAAGGCAUUUUUGCUGAAUAGGGAUAGAGACAAGUAAAAAAACGUUGCCUUAUUAGUUUUGGCUAUAUUGGAGUAAAUAAUCAUUAUAUUUGAGUCGAAUUGAAAAUUUGUUAAAUAAAUGUGAUUUGAGCAUAGUUUUGCCCACCCACAGCCUUUUUAUUUACUCUCGUUGUUAACCAAAUGGGGAUUAUUAACACCAAAACCUUGAGGAAUUUUGACUUUUAAGAUUGUAAUCUUUACUCGAUAUUACGACUUAAAUAAAAUAUUUUUUGUAACCCUAAAAUCAUAAAUGAGUGUUUCAAAAUUACGAACGGCUUAAUACUAUUACAAUAAAUUGUAAUUUAUUUGUGUUUUAAUAAAUAAUGUACUUAAUAUUAUUAUUUCCAUUGUGGCUUGAACAUUAGUUUUUAAACGAAUACUUUUCGGUAGAAUACUUGUUUCUUUUACGCACAAUAUACACGGAAUCGGAAAAGAAAAAAAUGAAAAACGAAUUAAUCUGAGAAAAGUCAUUUUAGUCUAAUUCUCGAUUAUAUUGUUUUGACAAACUAUUCGACUAAAAAAAGUUGGAAGAAGUGGAAUGUAUUCUAUAUUUGUUGUAUUGUUAUGGUCGUGUGUUGUACGUAAAAGAAUGUUAAUACUUCGUUCAAACGUACUAUGGCCAAAUAAAAUCACUACACAAAACUAUCAUGUGCUUCAGAGUCUACAGACUUCCAUCUAAGCCAUAUUAUCGUUUGAAAAAUCCCAGUCAAACAUAAUAUUAAUAAGAAAUGUUAAAAUAUAAAGCAAAUUUUCAUCUUAACAUUUUUUUUACUAGUGAUUUUAGUGGCUUUGGUGCAAUUUUAUGUUCCUAAUUUCCAGAUAGUUAUAUUGAAUAUAAUGCCUUAGUUUUGUCACUGAAUAAUUUGUUUUAUAUGGACACUUUUAUAUUUGCAAUGAUGUUGUUAAACUAGCCUUGGAACCAGGAUAGAGAAUUUAAAUAAUUUUUUGAAAAUAUAUUAAUUACUAGUAUUACACCUAACAGCUCCAAUUAUGUUUGAGAUCUUGUCUUUAUAUUACAAUGGAUUUAUAAAACAAUAUGUGUAUUCACCGACUUCCCUGUGUAUAUGUAAUUCUAUAUUUCUUACUAUCUUUUCUUACAUCCUUCAGUUGACCUUAUAAUCUUUUAUACAGAUAUCCUUAAAAUUGUGGGUGAAUUGGGCCAUACACAUUUUAUAGUAUGCUUAAUUCGUUCGCGUCUUUCCUGUAGACAUCGUAAGCUUAAGGGAAUCUAAAGCUAAUUUUUAUGCUGCACUCUUUACAGCCUGGAUACAUUUGUUCAGUACCAGAGUCGUUAACUUUUAAAUCACGUUUAUAAUCGGGUGUGUUGCAAAUAUAAAAUUGCCCAAAUCCAUGAAGUGCCUACUAGUGUAUAACUAAAUAUACAUAAUAUAUAGUAUGUAAGUCAUGUAAGUGCUACUGUAGAUAUACAUAUAUACUAUUAUUGUAUACUGAACUUAAUAGUAAUAAAAAUAAUCGUUUUGUCUUUAAAGUUGAAUUAUUUGUUGCUGGUUAAAAAAUAAGGCCUAAAAAAUUGAUAUCACGACUGAACUCUAAAUGGGGGUGAUCUAUAAAUAUUAUUCGUUUUCCACUUCCGAUAUUGGAUUUUUACGAGAGAGACAGACAGUGAAAAAAUAAAUAAAUAUGCCAGUAAAAGAUAGAUUAAACUUUAAUAUCACCGACUGGGCAAAGUCGCAAGAAGUUUACAAACGUCUUACGUAGUGCAACAUUGCCCAGUGCAGUAUGUAUGUACACAAUACACAUUGUACACAUACUUUGUACAAUCAAUACAUGCAUCCCAUCCCAUACCGUACUGGUUGCAUAUAGUGCAAUCUAUAGUCUGUCAAGCCAUUUCCGUUAGUAGAAAAAAGCGACUAAUUUAAAAAAUGUAGGCACGAAGGGUCUUUUUUCUACUGACAACGUUAUUUGACAGGCUAUUGUAAGACUCGUAUUUUAUUGGGUACUGCAAUUUAAGAAGACACAUUUUUCUGGCAACACAUUAUUCAUCUUUAAAGACUAAUCGAUUCCCUUUUAGAUUAUUAUAUUAUGACAUGAAUUAAAUGAAAAUAAACAAAACCUUCAUAUAAUAAUGUCAUCAUUAAUCUAAUGUUUUGUCAUCGUAUUAAAUGUUGUAAGCAGUAUUAAUUUCAUUUUGUAAAUGUUGCUGCUUGUUCGGCCGAGUGCAAAAAUAUGUAUACACUUAUUAAAUGUAUUAAAAUGUAUCACUUAUAUAUUUUAUUUAUUUAUUUAUUGAUGCAAAAAAAUUACACAGCAUUACAGCGAAAUAAUACACUGUGAAAUUUAAAACAGACAGUAUCAGUAUCACUUGCCUUAACCCUUAAAUGCGUGAUUUAAAAAAUUACUACUACUACUUGGCGUUUGGUUUAAAGGUGCGUUCAGACACUUAAGCUUUUUUCUGUUGAAUCUGUGAGCUGUCCAUUGCGUUGUAUACAUUUAGCAACAAUAUGCAUUUAAGGGUUAUAAAGUCGAAAAGCGUCGACUCAGCCAAUGCGUUUUUUUUGGCUCUUAUUGAAGCUCCUCGUUAGAAAACGAAACAUGUCGAGCAAUAUUCGUCAUAAAAACGUCAUUGACUAUCUUAAAAAAAUGUCUAAGUCCCACUGAAGUUUUGUUACUAAAAUAUGUAUGAGCGUUUACAAGUAACUUAAUAACAAAAGUGUACUGUAUACAUAUUUUUGUUCUUGUUUGUCAAAUUUUUGACAUUGCGUACAUUUUCCAUGUAUGAUUGAGUUGUCGUUAUGUUUUUGCUUAGUUGAGAUUGUACUUAAACGGUGAUUCGGACAGGGAUUUGGAAGAUUUGGGCGUUAAAUACCCCACACGUGUAUGUGCAAUGCAAAGUUUGGGUGCAAUAUGCAAUAUUCGCAACAAGGCGGGAGUCAUUUUGAUGACGUCAUUCCGCUGAAGAAGAUGGCCGGCGCCGCUGUCUCCCGGCAGUUUGGAGAUCCGAUACCAUGCCCAACAACAUACUAAAAGUUGGUGGCGGUUUCCGGAUCUGAACUAUCUCUUCGGCACUUUCCCAUAAGGCAUAGUACUAAAGGGCUGUCAAAUCUAUAAUAUGCCGUUGAUAAUCGUUUAUGACUUUCUCUCAUUUUGACAUUUUUGUGUUUGUUAAAAAGAGAACAAUCAAGGGAAGUUUGCGAAAUUUUAUAAAGUUGCCUUUUAUAAGUUUACCUUUAGGCAUUAUUAUGUUACGAGCAACUUCCACAAUUAUGACCGUUUCACCGAAUUCUCUAUCUUAUUAUUGUUUUAAUAAAGCGAGUGUUUAGAUUAUAGUGACAUAUUGUUAUAAAAAAAUGAUUUUCUGAUAUUUAUGUUUAUUAAAAAGAUGCGUCAAUCUCAUGUGUCGUUUCGUUAUCUCUGUAUUUAAUGAAAAAACAAUAUGUCCGCCCGUUGAAUUUAUUUAUAUUAAUAAAUACAUACAAAUUGGAUAAGGCAGUCUGUUUUCAGUAAAGCUGUAUUAAGUUUAACAAAAAAGAUUUUGAAAAAAAAAAUAUGGCGAAAAUAACAGAAAGAAGUUCAUUAAAAAUUUAAUGUUUUGAAUAACAAGUACUAGUAUAGUAACAUUGCCAUAAGAUUUAAUUCCGUUUUGUUUUGGUUUACUAUAAAUGGACUGCUUUAUUCAAUUUGCAUGUGUAAUAUUCGUAUUAUUAUAUACAUACUAUCUAUUAUAUGGAAAUGAUUGUACCAGUUUUGCUAUAUUACGGGAGUUAUGAAAUAAACUUAUAUAAAAUGAAA